CCGUCUCCUGUUCUACCCGUCCGAUCAAAUGUGGGACCAUCUCAUCAUGUCACUAGCCAACCAAUGGAUGAUUCUGAUGAGACACAAGCCCCAUCCGAAACGCAGCCGAGUGGCGUAGGGACUUCGAAGCCCCUACGUGUACGUGGACCGACACUUGGCAAGGGCAUACAAAAAAUAAUUAGAGCCAACAAAGGGGAAAAAUGUUAUGUUCACAUCGAUCGUGGGUUGAAUGCAAUGACUGGCAAGUAUGCCACUCCAGCAACUAACGAGUUAGGAAUUCAAAUUAGAACCUUGUGCCCUUUGAAAGAUGUGAAGUCAUGGCUGGAUCUUGAUGAGACUACAAAAGCUGCCGUCAUCCAAGGAGUUCUUGACAAGUUUCAAAUUGGAGACGAUUUCCACAAUGACUUACAAGCACAGGAGAUUGUGAAUAAGAAGGCCUAUGGGUUGUACAAAGAUUGGAGGUACACCUUGAAGCAAGAGUUUGAAUUGUUAGAAGGACUUCCACGUGAUGAGAUCUAUGGUCAUCCGCCCGUAGGGGUGAGUUUAGAUAAUUGGAAGCAUUUGAUUGAUGUGGCAUGGCAAGAUGCAUCUCACCAGGUAAAAUAA